GGACAUUUAAGAGCAGUCUUCCCUCGCGCUCCUCAGAGAGAGAGAGAGAGAGAGUUCAGAGAGCGGAUCAUCCGCGUGAGAUGCAAUCAUCAAUUCUGCUUGCUUUCGACAUCCGGAACAACACAGAGACGGACGUUGGGUGUGUGAACACUGAAUUGGCAGAAAACAUCAGACAGGAUUGACUUCGAGCUUCAGGAUGCUGUCGGUUGUGGCCUGUCUACAGCUGUUACUGGCCUCUGCUUUCAUGCAACCCACCGGUGAUUUCUGGGAUGAGUGGGGUCCGUAUAGUGAAUGCAGUCGCAGCUGUGGCGGUGGGGUUACUAUGAGGACCAGGCGAUGUGUAACCCAGCGAACUGAUGGAGGUCAUAGCUGUGUGGGUCCAGAGAAGUCCUAUCGCUCGUGUAAUAUCCAGGACUGUCCCGAGGGAUCCAGGGAUUUCAGAGAGGAGCAGUGCUCUCAGUUUGAUGGCUCUGAUUUCCAAGGAAAGCGCUAUAAAUGGCUGCCGUACUAUGGUGGAGAAAACCCCUGUGAGCUCAACUGCAUUCCCAGAGGAGAGAACUUCUACUUUCGGCACAAGUCUUCGGUGGUGGACGGAACACGCUGCCACCCCGGAGGAAAGGACAUCUGUGUGGACGGGCUCUGUAAGCGUCUUGGCUGUGAUAACAUGCUGGAUUCGCGCCAAGAGGAGGAUCCCUGUCUACAGUGUGGAGGAAACGGACAGUCAUGCAGUCUAGUCAAAAACAAUUUCUCAAUGCGAAACCUGCCCAAAGGUUACAAUCAGAUGUUCAUCAUCCCUGUUGGGGCGACCACAAUCAGCAUUAAGGAAACCGUACCAACGCGUAAUUACCUUGCAAUCAAAAACCUGCGUGGUGAGUACUACCUUAACGGACAUUGGGUGAUCGACUUCUCGCGUGCCACACCUAUUGCUGGCACUGUGCUGUAUUACCAGAGAGGAACCGAGGGGGAGAAGAUUCCUGAGAUAAUCACAGGCCGCGGCCCGACCACUGAGCCCCUAGUGAUAGAGCUAAUCACUCAAGAGGACAAUGAGGGAGUGGAGUAUGAGUAUUAUCUGCCGAACGGACGCUCAGUGGAGGGAUAUUACUGGAGCUACGGCUCCUGGUCUGCCUGCAGCAAGGAGUGCAGCUCAGGUUACCAGUCACGUCUGGUCUUCUGUACUUUUGAUGAUGAAGCGUAUUCUGAUUACCUGUGUGCUUCCCUCCCUCGACCCCUCAGUAACCGCACAUGCAAUGAACAGCAGUGCCCACAAACCCGCAGGAUGGCGUAUGUGUACGAGCCACGCUUGUGGAGGCCCAUGGAAGCACCACGAGUCUAUGUACAAGUGUACAGCUGGGUGACCGGGGAGUGGAGCCCGUGUCCGGUGACCUGUGGCGGGGGUCUUCAGGUGAGGAGAGUGGAGUGUAUGUCUCACGACUCGGCAGGAUCGCGAGUGGUGGAGGAUUCCCAAUGUGCUUCCUACACACCCAGACCGCUCAACCAACAGAACUGUAACAUGCAGAGAUGCGCUCAAUACAGAGUCUCCAGCUGGAGCCAGUGCUCUGUGACGUGCGACUCUGGGAAACAGACGAGAGAUGUGGUGUGUGUGGGUUCAGAUGGAGCUUCUUUGGAGGACUAUGCAUGUGGGACCCAACCGAAGCCACCCAGGACCCAGGCCUGUGAGAUGCCCGUCUGCAGGAGUCCCAUUGGCUGGCAUAUAGGAGACUGGGGUCUGUGCUCUAAGAGCUGUGGCUCGGGGCUGCGGGAACGGCAGGUGAUCUGUUCAGACAGACAGAGAAACCUGUACAGCGUAGAGGAGUGCCAGUCCAAUCCCAAACCCUCUACCGUGGAAAGAUGCAAUGCACAGCCUUGCUACAGGCCUCAGGAUGUGCCCAGCAUGCAGGACCCAACCGGUCACGAUAACACCAUUCAGGGCUUCCUGCCGUACAUCGAGGAUCCCACAUUAGCAGAAACUCCUAAAAAUAAUGCUGUCCACAAUCCUCAUGGGACGCCUCUCACGCCUCACUGUAGCCAGACCUACUAUGGCUGCUGUCCUGAUGGAAGUACCCCAGCCAGUGGACCACAGAGCCAAGGCUGUCACCAGGACCAAGGCUUACCAUCGUGCACAUGGAGCAGGUACGGCUGUUGUCAUGAUGGUGUGACCAUAGCCCAAGGUCCCAACAAGGAGGGCUGUCCAGAUUCCUGGCCACACUGGUCUCCAGCAUCAGACAUACCAUCUGCACCUACAGACUGCAAGAUGUCCACCCAUGGUUGCUGCUAUGAUGGUGUGACGGCCGCUGGUGGUACUCAUGGGGAGGGGUGCUCCAACCCCCCCAGCAAUACACAGCAUUCUCGGUCCUGUGACCUACCCCAUACAGUUGGGCCAUGUGAUAAUUGGACAUCCCGUUACUACUACGACCGCUCUUCCUCGCACUGCAUUCAUUUCUGGUAUGGUGGCUGCCAUGGCAAUAGCAACAACUUUGCCUCAGAGGAGGAAUGCCAGAGAAUGUGCCUGAGAUCCGAACUGAGUCAGCGGGACCAGGCGCAUGUCUUGUCUUUGCAGCAUGGUGGACGUCGCUUCCCCGCACGGAUCCACCACAGCUCUAGUGGUGCGUCCCACAUGCACCGGGCUAUCCGGCUGGACCCCAGUGCCAUGCAGCAGAGCAGCCCCGCUGCCAGUUGGACAGCUGUAGGUGUGAGUAUAGACAAGUCGGAUCCCUCCACGGUGGAGGGGCUGGUUGGUCAGCAGGUAGUGUUGCCCUGCAGGGUGAGUCCUCGGCCCUCCUCCACUGUGAUGGUGGAGUGGAGACGGGAUGGUGUCCCUGUUGACCCCACCAGGCAUCAGCAGCAGUCGGACGGCUCUCUGUGGGUGGGUCCUAUAACAUUGCAGGAUUCUGGCUGGUUUCUGUGUGUGGCCACGAAAGACCGUGACAGAGAUCACCGCUACAUUUACCUGUCUGUCUCAGGAGCAUCUCAGAACGGUGGAGGAAUUUCAGAGACAGAUUCUUCCCAGUCAUACACAUCACAGUCAUCUUCCAGGUUCAACAUUGACUAUUCGUCUCUGGUCGAGGCUCGAGCAGGUCAGACGGCCAAACUGCGGUGCGCUGUGCUACCAGGCUCUUCCAUGCACGCUGUGACCGUUCACUGGAACAGAGCCGGACAGCCGCUCAACUCGCUCAGGCAUUCUCAGCACUCUGAUGGGACACUGGUGAUUAACCAGCUGACGUCAGACGAUUCAGGGCUUUAUACCUGCACCAUCACGGAUGCCCAGAAGUCUGAAGAACGCCAAAUCCAGCUCAGGGUUUUUGGCGACCUCAGAAUCACUAAAGCCCCCACAGAUGUCCAUGUGCCGCAGGGCAGCACUGCUCAACUGCCCUGUGUGGUGACCGGAGAAAAUGUGAACGUUGGCUGGUCACGGAAUGGUGUGCCAGUGCGACCGGACGGACAUCAUGUGCUUGUGUCAGCAGAUGGGACACUAAUACUAAAUAAUGUCCAGUCAGUGGAUGAGGGAACGUAUACCUGCAAUGCCUACACUGGGACAUACUCGGUCAGCGCAGCGGCUGAAGUGCGACUGGCUAAAUCCCCUCAAGAUUUCAGUGAGAGUCUGGUGUUGUCGCUGGACUGCGUGGAUCAUCCUGAACUGGCGAACUGUAAGCUGAUUGUGUACGCACGUCUGUGCUCCAGCCAGUAUUACUCCAGUUUCUGCUGCGCCAGCUGUGCCAGAUAUGCCAGGGACAAAGAUAGACCUGGACAAGCCAGAUAGAUCAUAUGCAGUGAAUCCCUCGGCCUCAUCGGUCGAUUGAGACUGACGUUGACCCGCCGUGUACAGAGACUCACCUCAUGAUUAAAUACCAGCAACACCUGCUGCUUCAACUCCACAUCAACGCUGACCUCAGGCAUUCAGUAUUCCCGGCCCAUUCAGAUCAGAGCUUAUUUAUCUUUGUGUGUCAUCCCUGUGUGCAUUUUUGAACUGUUUAAGUGCAAAUGAAUGUUCAGUUUGGAUUAUUAACAGGUAAUUGACAAGAGCUGUCUUUAUUGUGCUGUUGUUGUAACAUGUAUUAGGACAUGCAGUUGAAACAAAACGGUUUCCAUAAUUAGGAAAUGCUUUCAUGUAUUUUGAAUGUGUAGACUGCAGUGAUGCACUGAAAUUCAGGCAACGAAAAUACUCAGCCAAAAAUGAAUUGUCUGUUUUGGCUGAAAUGUUUUUGGAGGGCCGCAAUCGUUGACGUUGAAUUAGUGCUUCUCUAAUGGAAUUCCAGUUAGCUUUACGCUUUAAUUGUUACUUUUAAAAUUAAACAAUAAAUGUG